AUGUGCUCCGUCAAGUUGGUCCCUGGUGUCAAGAAGUACAUGGACGCCGAAAAACAAAAGGGUUUUAUUGACUCAAGUAGAGAGAGCGCGCUCCAUACUUGGUUGAAGACAAUGAAGCCUCUAUGUGAUGAAGACGAUGAAGCACAGUCGAAGAAGACGAAAACCACUAGCACAAAAGAGCAAGUACCGAGCAAGAAUUGCCUCGCCAGAAGUAGCAAUUGA